AAUAAGUUUUUCGCUUUAUCUUAAACUCUGAAAAUUGUUUUCUUUCUCUUUCCUUCGCAUUCGUGCCCUAGCUUCAAUCUAGCUUUGCUUUCCUUCCAUUGACGGGGGGCUCUGAAGGAUCUAAAGCCGUCGGGCAGCAACCUUUGAAUAUCGUUCUGAAAAAUAUAAUUCAGGAAACAGGUUCAACCUAACCAAGGAAGAAGCACAGAGGAGGCAUAAAGUAACAAAGAAAGGAAAGAGAUGUCUAGAACACUAGUGCAGCCUGUAGGGCAGAAGAGGCUAACAAAUGUGGCAGUGGUGCGGCUGAAGAAGCAUGGCAUGCGCUUUGAAAUUGCAUGCUACCCUAACACUGUCCUCUCUUGGCGUUCUGGAGUGGAAAAAGAUCUGGAUGAAGUGCUGCAGUCCCAUACUGUUUAUUCUAAUGUUUCCAAAGGGGUUCUCGCCAAGUCCAAGGAUUUAAUUGCAGCUUUUGGCACUGAUGACCAGACCAAUAUAUGCUUAGAUAUUUUAAAGAAAGGGGAGCUUCAGGUAGCUGGGAAAGAGAGGGAAUCACUGUUGUCAAGUCAGUUCAGGGAUAUUGCAACCAUCGUAAUGCACAAGACAUACAAUACUGAGACUCAACGCCCUUAUACUAUCAGUAUGAUUGAACGCCUUAUGCGGGAAAUCCAUUUUGCCGUUGAUCCACACAGCGCCUCCAAGAAACAGGCUCUGGAGUUAAUUCAAGAACUUCAAAAGCACUUCCCUAUAAAACGAUGUCCGUUGAGAAUACGUGCUACUGCUCCUCAGGACCAAUUGCCUAAUCUUUUAGAAAAACUGAAGGAAUGGAAUGCUACUGUUAUUUCUAAAGAAGGAUCUUCUGCUCAGUUAUCUGUUGUUUUUGAAAUGGAACCUGGUCUAUAUAAGGAUUGUCAUGACUUUGUUAUGAAUAAGAUGCAUGGAAGAUUUGAAGUUCUUGCUCACUCUCUUUAUGUGGAGGGGGAUACACAUGUAGAUCAAUACAAUGAUUAUGAGGAUAUGCCUGCACCUUUGCCCAAAGAAACUCAUGAUUCUGUGGUUGAAUUGAAUGAGAAACUUCAGAAACAAACAAUUUCAUCCACGAGUAGGCCUACUGAGGGACAACAAAAGCAAAACAAGUGCAAUACAUGUAAUGUUUCUUUUGAUGAUUCUAAGCUAUACAGGGAACAUCACAAGAGUGAGUGGCACAAGCACAAUAUGAAGCGUAAGACAAGGCAACUCCCACCACUUACUGAGGAAGAGUGCAUGGCAGACAUGGAAUUAGGCGACUCAAAAUCUGAUUUGAAGGAUUAUUCAUUUUGAAAUGAUAAGUGUUUUAGUGGUGUAAGAUGGUAAUCAUAUUUUUUAAAUCCUGUGUGUACUUAGGUCAAUUUUGUGUGGGUAAUUUCGGUUUGGUUAAUUUCACAUGAAAAAAAAAAUCCUUAUAUUGAAACCCCCUAGUAUGGUCAAUGACAAAGACUAAUGCGUUGGUCUUAGAUACCUAAAA